UUUCGGUAUGAUCUAUGCCCUGACGGAUUAGUUUGGUGACAUCGGUCACCAUGGCAGCCGCCUACCGUCUGGUGGUGAGCAGUGUGAGCUGCUACAACAGCGCGGUGGUAGACCGGCGCACCCACUCGCACGCCGUGCACUAUUGUUCGGGACCGUGUAGAGCGUUCUCCCAGGGGCUGGAAUGUUCUGUGGCCCAUCACGGCACCUGCUCCGAGCUGCUGGCCGCACCGGACUCGCCCUACCCAGAUCCGAAUGGCCUGUCCGGCGGACACUCCAGGUGCAUGAUUCCUCACCACGGUAAAACGAAUGGCAUCAUCGACACGGGUUAUAACGGCGCUGCUCUGGAGAGGGCGGGGAGCAAUGGCAAUUUGUUUAUUGGGGAAGAGAGUAACGUGUGGCGGGGAAAGAAGAUCCCCACCGGCGGAGGAUCAACGGGGAACCUGAGCUGCGGUACCUACGGUAGCCUCAAAGACAUCACCGAAGAGGCCAUCAAUCUGGCCAGCGGGAAGCUCAAAGAGUUUUCCUUCGACAAGCUUCGCCUCUCCUCCUCCAGCCAUGUCACCUUCCGGAAAGGCCGCAAGGUCCGUCCCGACUCGUUCAGCCGUCGCUCCACCGAUCUGGAGAUUAUCUACGGCCAUUUUAGCUCCAACGUCUCGGGUAACGGCACGAGCAGCAGCAGCACCGCCGCCGUCCCCAACGACGAGAACGCGCCGCCGCUUUUUGAGACGAAACAGAAGGGCAGUUUCAGCUCCUCGUCGGUCGUUACGAAAGUAAACGGUUCUAGCGGCAGCGGGUCACUGGACCAAAGUAUGAACACUCUGGCCUCCCUUUAUCGCAACACUCUAGGGGACGAGAACCUGAUUGCUCGUCUGCUGGAGAAAACUUGGGGAGAGGCAGCCGCCGCCGGGGGUGCCGGAGGGGAGGACAUCCGCGCCUGCCUGGACAUCCUGCUCAAAUGCUCGGAAGACCUGAAGAAAUGCACCGACAUUAUCAAGCAGUGCAUCCGACGCAAGGGCGGCGGAGGACCGCAGGACGGAGGGGCCAGUCCCGACAGCGUGUACCGGGCCUUGAUGACCAGACUGAGCAUGUAUCUAAAGAGACUACCUCUGGAACUGGAAGGGCUCGGAAACGGCGGCCAGGGUGGACAGGGCACGACCGGGAGUGGCCACGGUGAUCUGAUGGAACUGGUCAACAGUCUCCACUCGCUCCAACAAACGCCCUUUUCACCGAUAUUUGGCAGUGAGCAGCCUCCUCGUUACGAGGACGUGGUGCAGUCGCCUCCCAACCCAAAGACGACUCCUAAUUCGGCGUCAUCCACCCCUCACCGAUCCGUCCAGAGCGCCCCAUCCAAAGCCCUCGCCAAUGGACUGCAGCAUUUGCAACCUCCACCGUCCGUCACGCAUCGCAAUCUAUCUCCCGUUCCUGUUACCAGUUCCCCUUCCAAUCGGUCUCCGACAAACUCUCCGUCCCGGCUUCGAGUCUCCCCAAGCCCUCCGUAUAGCCACGCCCCUUCAGGGUCCCCCAUGGAGGCGCUGUACAUUGAGGAGGAAGAUGUAGACACGGGGAAGAUGUCUGAACAGAUCACUCAAAAUACUAUCCAGAACAAAGACGUAUCAAGUCGAUCUGUGCAUAUAUCUCAACCGGACUCUACCGGCAUUGUCUUCAACUCGACGAGACCUUCCCCCAACGCUCUAGCGCACAGGAACGAUGACAUUGACAAACUGCUCAUGGAUCUGGAGAAUCUGUCUCAGAGUAUGAGCAACCACAGAAAGAGUGAGCCUCCACUUCCGGUCAAGACCCGCAAGCGAGGUGGCAGCGGUCUGGGGAUUGUGUCCACCGAAGCGCAAACUCAACCCAAAAUGUCCCAGUUCCAAGUCACAACCCCUGCGAGCCACCUAGCCGUGAACGGCACCGGUUCCAAAGCCCCUCAGGGAGAAAAACGCAACGCUGGAGCCGGUGAGGAGCAGGAAGACGGCGCGUUGCUGUUGCGAAUCUUGGAGAGCAUUGAGAGUUUUGCCCAGGAGCUGGUGGACUCGGGGGCAGGAAGCGCUGGGAGCUCUGAGAGGAACAGUGGGAAGGAACGGGAGGUUAUGAAACUCCUUCAAGGCACCCUGGCCUCCACCGGUAGGCCCGACACCCCCGUUGUGAGUUCGACUGGACAAAAUGCACCGGCAACCUGUCCGACGGAAACCGUUCCGCCAGUAACUGUUCCGGCCAUACCGCCAAAGCUCUCUGCCCGAACACCUUCGGCGACAGCGGCUCUCCCGCAAAAAACUGCAGCCGAAGAAGUAUGCACGGUUGCAUCGGCGCUUCUGCCUCCACCCGAGGCUGCCUCCGCAUCUCCCGCGACGCCGGAAGCGAAAGACGGCCUUUCCGAAGCCCCUCCGAUCCAUCCCCAAACCACCUCCGCAACCGUCGGCUUGCAUUCCCUUGCCCAUCCUGCCCAGCCGGGGAAUGACGCUGCCCCCAAAGUGCCGCCCGCCAGGUCCAGUCCACCUGUGGUAUUGGGGAAAGAUCUGGCUGUUACCAUCAGGGACAUUCCGGUUCCGAGAGACACGGGUUCUACCCUGCUCAUCCAGCAGACUCCUGAAGUGAUCAGGGUCCAGUCCAAAGCGGAGAAGAAACCCGGCACGCCACCACCGGCGCCAGCUCAGGCGUCCGCCGUCUCGCACGCGCCCUCGCGCCGCUCGCCCAGCCCACCCCCAGCAGCUCCGGUGAUCAUCAUCCCGUCUCCUCCACCUCCUCCUGCCAUCAACAUUCCCAGGUUCUACUACCCAUGCGGGCUACCUGCCGCGGGCCAGCCAGCCAACCACGACGCGGCCAUCGCCGCCAUCGAAGCAGCCUUUGCUGAAUUUGAGGACGAGAAGGCCGAUAUUUACGAGAUGAGCAAGGUGGCUAAGAUGUGCGAGUGUCCGCUGUACUGGAAGGCGGCCAUGUUCUACGGGGCCGGCGGCGAAAGAACGGGAUUCGUCUCGGUUCACUCCUUUGUCGCCACCUGGAGGAAGUUGCUGCGUGGUUGCCACGACGACGCCUCGCGGUUUAUUCACCUGCUCGCCAAACCUGGCUGUCAAUACCUGGAGCAGGAGGACUUCAUUCCUCUUCUGCAGGACAUCGUGGACACGCAUCCCGGACUCACAUUUCUGAAGGAUGCACCCGAGUUUCAUUCCCGCUAUAUCACAACGGUCAUCCAGCGGAUCUUCUACGUGGUGAACCGCUCGUGGACAGGCCGCGUUUCCAUGACGGAGCUGCGGCGCAGCAACUUCCUGCAGACGCUGGCGCUGCUGGAAGAGGAAGACGACAUCAACCAGAUCACCGACUACUUCUCCUACGAGCACUUCUACGUCAUCUACUGCAAGUUCUGGGAGCUGGACAGCGACCACGACCUCUACAUCGACCACAAGGACCUGGCCCGAUACAACGACCACGCGUCCUCCAACCGAAUCAUCGAGAGGUUGUUCUCGGGCGCCGUGACGCGGGGCAACGCCGUGCAGAGGGAAGGUCGCAUGAGCUACGCUGAGUUUGUCUGGUUUCUCAUCUCUGAAGAAGACAAAAAAAAUCCCACCAGCAUCGAGUACUGGUUCCGCUGCAUGGACGUAGACGGCGACGGCGUCCUGUCCAUGUUCGAGUUGGAGUACUUCUACGAAGAGCAAUGCGAGCGCAUGGAACGAAUGGGCAUCGAACCGCUGCCCUUCCAAGACUUGCUGUGCCAAAUGCUCGAUUUGGUCAAACCCGAGAGCCCGGGCAAAAUGACGCUGGGUGACCUGAAGCGAUGUCGCAUGGCGCACAUCUUCUUCGACACCUUCUUCAACCUGGAGAAAUAUUUGGACCACGAACAGCGAGACCCCUUUGCCGUGCACAAGGACCUCGACGGUGAUGGUCCCGAGCCGUCUGACUGGGAUAAAUAUGCCUCGGAGGAAUACGAGAUACUGGUGGCGGAGGAGACUGCCAAUGAGCAGAUACACGAGGGAUCUUUUGAGGAGGACUAUGACGUGGAUGAUCUCCAGGCUCCGGCUGAGAUUGGGAAUAAGAUCAUCUCAGAUCUGACAGCGUGAAGAAAGUGGAUUGCCUUUUUCGAAAUUGUUGGAUGGAUGCACAGUUGGAAUGGACAUCAAAAAGAAUAAGGACAUCCGUUUUAUGAUGAGGCCCCCUUAUUUUUGGGGGGGGGGGGGGGUGAGGAUAGACUCAUGUUCACGUGUGGACUUGCAUCUCACAACAAAGCGGAUGAGUGAGAAAUUGUUUGAUAAGAUCUUAAAGGAACACAGCACACUAAAAAUAGCUCCACAGAAGAGGAUUUUCAUUUUGGGGCGGGUGGGCGGGGGGGGCGGGGGGGGGGGGUUCAAAUGUUGGAUCAAACUUUUUGACUAUCUUGCGCAAAGACAAUCACAUCACAUGGAAAAGAAACACACAGUUGACUCAUUUUGAAAUCAAAAUUCCUGGAAGUUGGGCAAAUUGCAAUUUUUAAAAACUGUUUGAAAAAAAAGUUCGUAGCAGGGGAAGCUUUUAGAUUUUUUUUUGGGGGGGGGGGUUCCGUCACUUUAAAAGAUAGCAAACCAUCUCGUCACAAAAAUUAUAUAUUUUAGUUUUUUACAUUUUCACCCACCCAAAAAAAUAUUUAAAGUCUAUACAUGCUCUCUCUCUCUCUCUCCCUCUCUCACACACAGAUGAGAAAUCACCCGCUUGGCUUUUUCCUAACCGAACAUGUCAAAAAAGAGCGCAAAAACCCCAAACAGGAGAAUUUGUCAGCAUCUACUUUCUAUUGAUAGAAACAUAAAGUAAAACUUCUGCUAUCUAGAAGAAGAGCAUUUAAAUGUUCUGCCUGUCACUAUCUGUUGCUGGCAUUCGUUACUCAACAAAAACACAUCAUUCGUAGUACAUAAAUCAGAAUUUCUGGACCAAUUACGUGACAUUGGAAAACGCUACUUAACAUUUAGAAAAGCGCCCCCGUGUGGCCACUGCAUGUUCUUACAAGCAUCACCCCUCACAAACAAAAAAAAGUCCGUCAAAUCCUUCCAGGUUGACCAGGCAGGCUAUUCUUAGAGCUAUGUUAUGUGCGUGUCGAGUCACUUGCCAUUCGUUGCUCCAAAAAAAAAAAAGUGACGAGCUUGUCGAGCUCUCUGGGAGAGUUGCCUUCUAUUUGCCAGCCACUGCAUUUCGCUGCAUUUAUAAUAACACAAACGCACGUAUAGGUCGUCUUGUUCUGUUCAUGCGUCGCUAUCUGAUGAUGUCAUCAAGAAUGAACCACUACGCGUCUGGCAAACAUCGAUGAUACUGUGGUACCUCCCGACUGAUUUUUUUUGGCAUGUAAAAAAAUAGUCAUAGUCAAAUAUGGCCAUCAGAAAAGUUUUAACGGUACAUUUCAAGUGUCACUCGAGUGUAAAACGAUGUUUUGUCAAACUUUGUUUCUUGAUGUGAAAAGGAUUUGGCUGUGAGACAGAUUGCAGCUAGAUAACAUCUUGCAGCUAAAAUUAGCGUUUUAGCACAAGUUUCGAUUAUUUUUGCGAAAGUUUUUGUAUAAAUGAAUGUUUUUCAAUUUUUUUGCAUGGUUUUUCGAUUUGGGGAUUUCUUUUUGUCCUCUAAAGCAAAAAUGAUUCAGGUCAAGUAAAAAAAUAAAAUAAUGCAAUGCUGAAAGUUUUGCUCAAAUUUUUGCAUGAAUAUUUUUUGGGGUUUGUUUUGGGAGAUUUUUCUAAAUUCAAUUUAUUAUUCAAAAAAAAUGUAGAACUUCCAAGAGUUUUCCUCGUAAUUUUUACAACUCCUGUGCGACUUUAGACUUGCAUACGUUUGCUUUUUUUUUUUUCUUUAAAAUUUUCCCUCGUUAUUUUACAUGACUUUGGAAACAUUUUUCAAUAGUGUAUAACUAAAUAAAAAUGUUUCUAUGGUUAUGCGGUGUCUUUAGUGAGGUUUUGUUUUUUUUUCUUUUGUAAUUUUGCAAUAUUCCAGAAUAUUUCAGCAAAAAAUGUUUUUAAAAAAAUCACUUUUUCAAAGCUUCAUAGAUUUUCCGUGAAAAUAUUACAAAGAUGUAAACACUCAUUUUGAAUAGUUUUUUCUCUCGAAAAUUAGCCCAAAACAUGCUUUUUUUUCUCAACAUUUUUGCACGAUUUUAGAGAUCCAUUUACAAAUUCUGUGGUUCCUCUGUCCACAUAAGCAUUUUUUUCACCGAAGAUGCGGUUUCUUUUAUAUAUUUUUUUGUUUUUGUUUGUCACCAAAGAAAUACAUUUCAACAUUUUAAUUUUUUUAAGCUCUUCUUUGCAACUACAUUUUAUGAGGUGCACCUGCAUAGCCUUCAUGGAGCUAACAGAAAUAUUAGACAGAGCUCUCGGUGUAUUACGCAAACAGCUUUUAAAAUAUAUAUAUAUUUAAAAUUGUGCAGGUGACCUGAAAUCUGUGUCCAAUGAGUAUCAAGUACGUUAACUCUAGUUUCAAUUUAACGUCCACAACUGUGUGUACAUAUGCCUUUUGCUACAGUUCCAUUGCUCAACAUGACACAAUGCAGCUAAUAUAAAACAACAACAAAAAACUUAUUGUUAGGUUGCAAAAAAAGAAAAA